AGCUAUUUGACCUGACGUCGUGAUGUCCUACUGCGAAUCUUCAGUGCACCUCCAUUCCGAUUUCGACAAAUAGAAGCUUUUGCCCAUCCUGCUGCCUAGUGGCUCAGGGAGCCGAAUCCCACAUGGCCGACCCCUGCUCGAGUCCCAGCGCCACUGUCUUGAGAAACGCUCUGCUCGCGUGCGUGUGCGUGUGCACGAAAAUCCCAACCGUACAGAAGAGUGGAGACGGGCCUGCACCAUGAUCAUGCCCCGUCCCUUCACUGAUGUGGUCACCACCAACCUAAAGCUUGGCAACCCGACAGACCGAAACGUGUGUUUCAAAGUGAAGACCACGGCGCCACGCAGGUACUGCGUGAGGCCCAACAGCGGGGUCAUCGACGCGGGGGCCUCCGUCAAUGUGUCCGUGAUGUUACAGCCUUUCGAUUAUGAUCCCAAUGAGAAAAGUAAACACAAGUUUAUGGUUCAGUCUAUGUUUGCUCCGACUGACACUUCUGAUAUGGAAGCAGUAUGGAAGGAGGCAAAACCGGAAGACCUUAUGGAUUCAAAACUUAGAUGUGUGUUUGAGUUGCCAGCAGAAAACGAUAAGCCACAUGAUGCAGAAAUAAACAAACUCAUACCCACAACUGCGGCAAAGACAGACCCAGCGGCCGUGUCCAAAUCCCUGAGCUCUUCUCUGGAUGACACCGAGGUGAAGAAGGUGAUGGAAGAGUGCAAGAGGCUGCAGGGGGAGGUUCAGCGGCUCCGGGAGGAGAACAAGCAGUUCAAGGAGGAAGACGGACUUCGGAUGCGGAAGACGCUGCAGAGCAACAGCCCCAUCUCGGCGUUGGCCGCCACCGGGAGGGAGGAGGGCCUCAGCACCCGGCUGCUCGCUCUGGUGGUUUUGUUCUUCAUCGUGGGCGUCAUAAUAGGGAAGAUCGCUUUGUAGAGGCGAGAGGAUGGUGAAUCGGAUUGAGGGAGCCACUGUGUCAUGGGAUUUAAAUGUAUCAUAACCAUGUGUAAAAAGAAAUUAAUGUAUGAUGACA